GUUCUUUCUUAUUGAUGAAAGUGCUCUCAAUCUCUCUAAGAAUUCAUUUGUUUCUUCAAGUUCUGCAGAAAUUUUAGUUCUUGUUCUUUGAGAUUUUCAGCAAAUUCGUUUCUUCUUUCACGAGUUUCGAGAUUGUUGUUCUUUAAUUCCUGUUUGGUUUGAUCUCGGUUACACCUCCGCUCGAGCCAUUUUUUCUUUUGGUAAUAAUUAUUAUGUGAAUGUAGGGAACCCUAACCCUAGUUCUCUCUGGCGGCUCCGAGAAACUGAAGUCGGUGGGUUGCAAAAGCCCAAGUUUGAUAUUAAAGACGGUUGCUGACUCAAUUGAAUGUUAAAUUUUGCAGAUCAACCUGAACGUGUAUGAUGGCUGAAAAACGCAAUGCAAAUGGCCCGCCUCCAGCUGGCAAUGCGUCAGGAGGAAAUGCAUACACGAUUGACUUGAAUACCUUCAGUAGGCGCUUGCAGGCUAUGUACACACACUGGAGUCAACACAAAGAUGAAUAUUGGGGUUCAUCUGAUGUCCUUGCUGUGGCAACACCACCUCCUUCAGAAGAUUUGCGGUAUCUGAAGUCCUCUGCUCUGAAUAUCUGGUUGCUUGGUUAUGAAUUUCCAGAGACGAUUAUGGUUUUUGGAGACAAGCAUAUCCAUUUCCUAUGCAGCCAAAAGAAAGCAUCGCUGCUUGAGGUUGUGAAAAAGUCUGCUAAGGAGACCGUGGGUGUAGAUGUUGUCAUGCAUGUAAAGGCAAAAAAUGACAAUGGGAGCAAUCAAAUGGAGUCCAUUCUCCGUGCCAUUCGUUCCCAGUCAAAGUCGGAUCAUGCAGCCCCAACAGUUGGUUAUAUAGCUAGAGAAGCCCCAGAGGGGAAACUCCUGGAAAUAUGGACUGAUAAGUUGAAGGGUUCAGGUCUCACACUGAGUGACAUAUCCAAUGGUUUGUCUGACCUUUUUGCUGUGAAGGACAAAAAUGAGAUUACAUGUAUAAAGAAAGCUGCAUACUUGACUGCUUGUGCGAUGAAGAACUUUGUGGUUCCAAAAGUUGAAAAGGUGAUUGAUGAGGAGAAGAAAGUAACACAUGCAUUGCUUAUGGAUGACACAGAGAAGGCAAUUCUGGACCCUGUCAAGAUUGGUGUCAAACUAAAGGCUGAGAAUGUAGAUAUCUGUUACCCUCCAAUCUUUCAGAGCGGUGGAAAUUUUGAUCUUCGGCCCAGUGCUUCGAGCAAUGAUGAUUAUCUAUACUAUGAUUCUUCCAGUGUCAUUAUUUGUGCAAUUGGGUCUCGCUAUAACAGUUACUGUUCCAAUGUUGCAAGAACUUAUCUUAUUGACUCGAACGCAGUCCAGAGCAAGGCCUAUGAGGUUCUUCUUAAGGCUCAUGAGGCAGCUAUUCUUGCCCUGAAGCCUGGCAACAGGAUUAGUUCUGUUUAUGAGGCUGCUGUGGCUGUAGUAGAGAAGGAAGCUCCUGAGUUGGUCUCAAAUCUGACAAAAUCUGCUGGGACGGGCAUUGGUUUGGAGUUCCGUGAGUCAGGGUUGAGCCUUAAUGCAAAGAAUGAAAGACAGAAUCUGCAAGCAAAGACAAGCAAUCCGAAGAGCGAGAAUUUCUCAUUGUUACUUGCUGAUACAGUUAUUGUAACGGAUGAUGGCCGUGAUGUUGCUACUUCAGCUAGCUCAAAAUCUGUCAAAGAUAUUGCCUACUCAUUCAAUGAAGAUGAAGAAGAAGAAGAGCAGCCAAAAGUGAAACCAGAGUCUAUUGCAAAGGAUGCUGUAUUCUCGAAAGCAACACUUAGGUCAGAUAAUGGGGAGAUCUCAAAGGAAGAACUCCGGAAGCAGCACCAGGCAGAACUCGCACGCCAGAAGAAUGAAGAAACUGCUCGACGCCUUGCUGGUGUGGAAUCUGGUAGCGGAGAUGGACGAGCUGCCGUAAGGGCGGCAAGUGAUCUAAUUGCAUAUAAAAGUGUUAAUGAACUUCCCCCACCUAGGGAAAUGAUGAUUCAAGUUGACCAGAAGAACGAGGCCAUUCUACUUCCCAUCUAUGGAAGUAUGGUUCCUUUUCAUGUUGCUACUGUGAAGACUGUCUCAAGCCAGCAGGACACUAAUCGAAAUUGUUAUAUUCGUAUCAUCUUUAAUGUGCCGGGCACCCCUUUCACUCCACAUGAUGCCAAUUCCUUGAAGAAUCAGGGUGCUAUUUACUUGAAGGAGGUUUCAUUCCGUUCCAAGGACCCGAGGCACAUAAGUGAAGUGGUGCAGCUUAUUAAGACACUCAGGCGUAAUGUUAUGGCUAGGGAGUCUGAAAGGGCUGAGAGGGCUACUCUGGUCACACAGGAGAAACUUGUACUUGCAGGGAAUAAAUUUAAGCCAAUAAGGUUGCAUGAUCUCUGGAUACGUCCCACAUUCGGUGGCCGUGCAAGAAAGUUGACUGGCACACUGGAAGCACACAUGAAUGGUUUCCGGUAUUCAACCUCAAGGGCAGAUGAGCGUGUUGAUAUCAUGUAUGGCAACAUAAAGCAUGCUUUUUUCCAGCCAGCAGAGAAAGAAAUGAUCACCCUUCUCCAUUUUCACCUCCACAAUCACAUUAUGGUUGGGAACAAGAAAACCAAGGAUGUUCAAUUUUAUGUUGAGGUGAUGGAGAUGGUUCAAAAUAUUGGGGGUGGGAAGAGAUCUGCUUAUGAUCCAGAUGAGAUUGAGGAGGAACAGAGGGAGAGAGAUCGGAAAAACAAAAUAAACAUGGACUUCCAGCAUUUUGUAAACCGGGUGAAUGAUCUGUGGGGGCAGGCCCAGUUUAAGGGCCUUGACUUGGAGUUUGAUCAGCCUCUGAGAGAACUUGGUUUCCAUGGUGUACCGUAUAAGGCAUCGGCUUUCAUUGUUCCAACCUCUAGCUGUUUGGUUGAGCUGAUAGAGACCCCUUUCCUGGUGAUAUCAUUAAGUGAUAUUGAGAUUGUCAACUUGGAAAGAGUUGGUCUCGCACAGAAGAACUUUGACAUGGCCAUUGUCUUCAAGGACUUCAAGCGUGAUGUGAUGCGGAUCGAUUCCAUCCCAUCCUCCUCACUUGAUGGCAUUAAGGAAUGGCUUGACACUACUGACAUUAAGUAUUAUGAGAGUAGGCUGAAUCUCAACUGGCGGCCUAUACUAAAGACAAUCAUGGAUGACCCCCAGCAGUUCAUAGAAGAGGGUGGCUGGGAAUUUCUGAACUUGGAAGCAACAGACUCUGAUUCUGAGAACUCAGCAGAGUCAGACCAAGGUUAUGAGCCAUCGGAUGUUGAGCCUGAGUCGGACUCAGAAGAUGAUGAUUCAGACAGUGAAUCAUUAGUGGAAUCAGAAGAGGAAGAGGAAGAUUCAGAGGAGGACUCGGAGGAGGAGAAGGGCAAGACAUGGGAAGAGUUGGAGAGGGAAGCUAGCAAUGCAGACCGGGAGAAGGGAAAUGAGUCAGACAGUGAGGAUGAGCGAAGGAGAAGAAAGAUGAAGGCUUCUGGUAAGGCGAGGGCUGGACCAAGUAGCGCUGCCUCCAAGCGAAUGAAAUUUAGGUAGAUGUAGUGGCUUCCUGGACUUUUAGCUGUUCUGUCUAGUUUGGAAUAGUUUUAACUUCUGCUCAAGUUCUCUUUUGAUUUUCUUCUCUUCUCUCCCAUCUCUGGGGAACUCAUUAGUAUGUUCAGAAAUGGUGGAUUUUGUCUAUGUACAUCAGUGGGUUAAGCUAUAUUUAGAAACUACAUUUUUGUUA